AGUGUGGAGUAUAGCAAAAGCACUUCACAGUGCUUUUCCAGCCCUCUCUAAGCGGUUUACAGAAUCAGCAUAUCAAGGUCUUCACAAUCUGGGUCUUCAUGCAGAAAGUAUGCAGAAAACGGGUACCCUCCGUUUGCAAUAGACAAGGAAUUCCCACUGUCAGAUUCUCCAUAAGAUGUGUGUUGGUUUGGAUGGGAUGUUCCUGUGAUUCUGAGGAAUUCAGAAGAAACUGAAUCAGUUGUGAAAGUGUCUCAGAAACAGAUGCGGCAAGUGAAAAACCCAUUCAGUUUAGAAAUAAAAAACUCAGAAACCGCUUCAGCUUCAAAUGGCAUUACCCUGGUGUCUAAUUGCCUGGAAGACUGUCUCCUUUCGUGCUAUUGGGGCUGCAGCGUGCAGAAGGUCCAUGAUGCUUUGCAAAAACAUGCCUACAGCUUUCGAAUAAAAACUCCCCAGUCCUUUGAGGAUGCAAUGGGUCAUGAGUAUCUCUAUUGUCAACAGUAUUGUAUAAAGAAGACAGAAGAAGAGGAAAAGCAUAGUCAAUUACCAGAAGAGGCAGACACCAAUGAUUUUGGUCUAGUGCCUAGAUCUCGGUACCCACUAGUGGUACUGUUAACCCUUGCUGAUGAAGACAACAGAGAAAUCUAUGACAUUAUUUCAAUGGUAUCGAUAAUACAUAUUCCAGAUGCCAGUUACAGGCUUUCCUGCCGAAUACUGUAUCAGUAUCUCCUUUUGGCCCAAGGUCAAUUUCAUGAUCUAAAGCAACUGUUCAUGUCUGCCAGCAACAACGCAUCCGCUCUAAGUGGCUCUUUCUCCAAUGAAGGGACUGAAGACCACGUCCUGCUUGAAAAGGCUGGCCUGGUGGAGACCCAAUCAGAAGUAUUGGAGGAAAGCAGCAAGGACUGCAUUGUCUGCCAAAACCGAGCGGUCAAUUGGGUGCUUCUUCCUUGCCGACACACCUGCCUAUGUGAUGAGUGCGUGAAGUAUUUCCAACAGUGCCCCAUGUGCCGGCAGUUUGUGAGGGAGUCAUUUCCAUUAUGCAGCUAGAGAAAGUGAUCCUUGCCAAAGAGGAUCCUGUGUAUUGUACUUAUCAGGGACUCUGUGGCAAAGAAUUGAUAAACCUUUCAGCUGAUGGUUUUGCAACAGUAUCUUUGAUCUCACAUUGCCUUCUACUUGAAUGAUGUUUGGUGCCUCGAAAAACUAUGAAGCAGCAUUUUCAUUUUCCUUAACCAGGCACUCAGAAGCAGCACUGUGAAGGCCAAUGACAUAAGAGCCUCAAUUCAGUCUUCAGGAAUGGGACAAAGGGGGAAGAACUUUAGGCCACAGAAGCAAUGCACUGAACAAUGAAGGACAUAUUUACAGAAAAAAAAAACUUUUUAAGUAUUUCCAGAACAUAUUUUAGUUGUAUUCCAACAAUCACAGAGCAUAUGGAGAACAAAUAUCCUCAUAUGUAAGAGAAGUUGGCAAUCUUUAUUUAUUUAUAAAGGUAUUAGAGUAAAUAUCACAUACUGUAGCUCGGCUUUCAGCCAUUAGCAAUGUUGCACUUUUUAAGCUAUAGUAGGGAGUGGGGAAAAGAAAUGCAUAACAAUUGUCUACAUAGGUUCAGAUGUCUUUUGGAUAUUCCAGCCGUUGUCAGUUUCAUGAUCUUGAAAUGAUGCAGGCCGAAAGUCCUGGAGUCCUGACAUAUCUGAAAUUGCCAAGUUGUGGGUGGCUGGUAUAUUCAGUUUUCUUGGGCUUGCAGGAUCUAAGCAUUUACAUUCAUUUGCAGAUGCAAGUGUGGCACUGGGUGUGAAUUGUCACUCCCAGCAAAAGGGUGUCUACAUGAUGCAUAUUCAAGCAAAUAGUCAUUGAACCGUAAAUCAGUUUCCACUUGUCUUGUUCUUGGACACUAAAAAUUCAUUUGCCUCAGGCAGUUUUGGACAUGACAUGACAUUGGUGAUGUCAUGAAAAGCUGAUGUGGUCCAAACUCAAUGUAAUGUAAAUGAGUCUGCUGACAAGGAAUAGUUCAUUUGAAGAUUGUUAUGCCUUCGAGUGGAAGUGUUUUGUGUAGACCUUGCCUCCUGUCCAAGAUGUCACUUCUUGUCAGCAUUCGGACACUUCAGUCUUUAUUUAUCCAAACACAAUUUUAGCCCCUGUAGUAAUUGUAUGGUUUCGUUGAAAUGAGACGAUGUCUGCAUUCAUGCAUACAUCAUGCAUAGCCAUAAUUUCAUUGUUUGUUUUUCGUUGACAAUCUAGCCAAUUCUGGUUUAUUAAAACAAAACAUGGGUUACAAUAUUUUGUUUUAAUGUGUGAAUAUAAACUAUGACUACGAUUCCUACUUCAGUUAGAAUUAUAACCAGCUUUGUUAUUCUUUAGGGUCAUGUUAGUAACACAGAAGACGAAGCCCUGUUAAAUGAGAUAAGCUUGGCAGCCAAUACAUUUUACAAACAAAUAAAUAAACAUACACACAUUAAUUUCUCUGCAUUCAGACUACCAAGAGUGAAUCCAGCCAUUGUGGAUUCACACAGCUUGGCGUGAUAUAGCAAACUAUCAAGUUAUUGCUUAUUCAAUAAGCAGUAGCUUAAUAUAAUGGCAGCAAUCACUACAGGUGCCAGAUGUUACCACCAUCUUAAAUUAUGGCACAGCCCACCUACCCCCACCCCCGUACAUUAUGGUUGAAGUACUUUACAACCAUGGAAUCUUAUAAGAUUCUUGUUAUCUCAGUCAGAAGAAUUUGUGAGAAUAUUGUAUUCUCGCCUAAAAUUUCAAAAUAUACCAAUUUGAAAAAAAUGGUUUUUAU